CAUUGAGUCCCUUCCGUGCGAUGAGGCGAAGAAGGCGGUUGCGGAGGCAGACCAGCGGCUGCGCAAUGGGUUCAUGCGCAGGCCCGGGUUCGGUGCAACUCGAGGUCAUGCUAUGCAAAGCCCAGCGGGACGAGGGCAACCACAGAGCGUGGAUCCGAGUACGGGGGAGCCGCGGAGAGAAGCUGGACCUAGUUGUCAGCUCAACCUCGCAAUCGACGCGGAAGAAUCUGGAUUUGGCGAGUGCUUACUGCUGGAGUCGGCAGAGCUCAACAUUGCAGAAGACACAGGCGAUGACGAGCUUAUCAGGUGCUGCUACCUCGACGAGCGCGGGCAGUGGCGCAUCGAAUUUCUUCCACGGCAUAAGGCGAGGAAGGCAGUCGCGGAGGCAGACCAGCGGGUACGCGGCGGGUUCAUGCGCUGGUUAGGUGCGACCCGAGAUCACACUAUGCAAUGUUCACCGGAACGAGAGCAAUAUCGGAGCGGCACUCCGAGUAUGGGUGAGCUGCGGAGAGAAGGUGCCAAAUCAGGUGGUUGGCAGCAUAGCGUGAUCAACGGCGCAAACGAGCCUCGACGUGGAGGGUGUCUACUAAUGGAGUUGGCCGAAUGCGACAUCCCGGAGGAGGCGGGCGACGAUGAGCUGAUCAGCCGCGGUCACCUAGACAAGAACGGACGUUGGAUUGUCGAAUACCUGCCAUGUGCGGAAGCAGAGGGGGCGACUGCCGAGGCGAAUCGGGACUGCGGCUGGCUCGACAGAGGUGAAGAUUGCACACGCGGUUUCAGCGCGACUCGAGGACGUGGCGUAGAAGAUGAUCGAGUGGACGGACUCGCGUCAUUUAUGUCGCAGUGGAUCGCUCUCGGUUAGGGAGUGUUGUCGCAGGGAGUAGGUGACCGGGGACGGUCACAAUUCGAGUAAGGGGGAGAUGUGGGGAGUGCCCCCCACAUAGGCCCGGACAGUACGUAUAUCCCUUAUUUUGAGCUACCUGGUCAUUGCCAUUCCCUCCGAGCAUAUUGACAACCUUCGCUAUUCCUUCCGAUACCC